GAAUAUUAAAUUCUUAUAAUUUCAGACAAUUGUUCUCAAGAAAAUACAUCAAGGUAGGAAAUGAAGAAAGGGACUGUUUCCCUUGGUUCCCCUGGAGGAACCUCGUUCACCUCUUCUGCAUCAGACGAUUUUAAUUCAUCAGCUGACUUCAACUCAAUGCCUUCGUUUACCACGUCAGCUGAUUUUUUAACAUCAAGCAGUAACCCCGUAGAAAAUGGCCGAAACGGAAAUGGAAAAUCCGCAAAAGAGAAAGGAGAUGAAAAACAAUCCAAGAAACAAAUAGAAGCCGAUCAUAGCCUAAACAAUACAGAUGAUAUUAAGCUGAUUGAAGACUUGAGACUUCGUAUUAGUAGUGAGCUGAAGAAUGAAGACGAUAUUCCUCCAACAUACAUACUUUUCAGAUGGCUGAAAGCCACACAGUUCAAUGUGGAAACUGCUGCUUCUAUGUUCAUCAAAUCUCAGGAGUGGAGAAAACUGAGAGGAGUAGAUCAUAUAAUUAACUGGACUCCCCCAGAAGUUCUAAGAAAGUUCUACCCUGGUGGUUUGAGCGGAUAUGAUAAAGAUGGCUGCCCUGUUUGGAUAGUUCCACUGGGAUCAGCAGAUCUUAAAGGUCUUUUGACUUCGGUGUCGAAACAGGAUUUUAUAGACUACACAAUUAGGUUGCUGGAGGUAUCCCUGGUAUUAAUGAAGGAGAAGACUAGACAGCUGGGGAGUCCAGUCUACCAACACACCUUUAUAUUUGAUAUGGACGGAUUCUCUUUCAGGGAUGCGACCUAUGCUCCUACAAUAGAAGUGGUCCAAGCUUUGAUAUCUGUUUAUGAAGAGUUAAAGGAGAGAUAUAUCUGGAAUGUUUGUUCAAGGGAACUAAUGUACUGUAAUGUUUAGAGUUAAAGGAGAGUUAUAUCU